UUGGAAUCCAAAGUGCCUCCAAACAUCUGCCUUAAAGUUCGGCGGCGUCUCUAGGUUUACGUUAACAGCCAUGCUUGCUUGUUUUUUUUUUCCUCACUGCAACCACCGGGAAAAAAAGAGAAGAUGAAGAGUGCCUUGCAGUGAGAUAGCGGCACAGCGACACCUUGCGGAGCGGAGGAAUGGAGCAGGAGGUCGAAGCUGUCGAGGCAGCUCAGGCUCCGGUCCUUUCAUCAGGAUGUUCUGAGGCAGUGCGAGCUGAGCUUCUGGAUGAGUGCGAAGAACAGUUUGAGGUCUUACAAAAGGUUCAGAAUGAAAUCGCCUCAGCAGGUGAAGGGUCGGGUGAUGGAGAGCCAAAUGAGACAAUGAAUCGUUUGAAUGCCAUCAUGACUGAGGUGGAACAGUGGCGAGAAAUGGAACCCAAAUUACUAUCAACAAACCCUGAAAUUUUAUUGGCCAUGGGGAAGGAAGAGCUGCAAAGAAUCAACAGUCAGCUGAAGAUGGUCCUUUCUUGCUCCCAAGCAAAGCGGGAUUCACUGAAAGACCUUUUGCAAAGAGAGCAGGCGUGGCUGGAAGAGAAGAAGGAGGUACUAAGUGCAGUGACUGAACGAGUCGUGACUUUGCGUGAGGAAAAUGAGAAGCUGUCCGAACACAGUGUUUUACAGGACAUGAAGAGAAAAAUCACCCAGGUGAAGGAUUACCACAGCACCCUCAUGGAGACUCUGAGCGACGUGUUAGCCGAACAUUUUCCUCUUCCAAAUCAACAAGCACUUGGCACCAAGAAAAAGAAGGGUGCUGUUCCAGAUUACGGAGCAAACCUGAUCUCGCUGAGCGAGAUCCUUGAGCAAUUAACAAACAAAACCCUGGAAACUCCUCACGAGCCCUAUGUGACGAUCGAUGACUCCUUCUGGCCACCGUACGUAGAAAUGCUUCUUCGUAACGGAAUCGCAAUCAGACACGCAGAGGACUGCAAUAAAAUCCGUCUGGAAAAUUUUCAUUAAUUUUUUUUUUUUCCCCCCAACUAAUCGGGUUUAAUUAGAUCACCCAUCAUUGACACGCAUGUCCAGUCUUUUCUGUUCUUGUUUUAUUGUGUAUUUUUAAAAAGCAAUUUGGUCAAUAAAAUGGUUGAAAAUAUAAA